UUCAGAGUCCAGCAUCACUUGGAGAACUGCUCAAGAAACUCACCCAUUAAUUCUCGAGGUGCCACAGUCUUGGCUCACUCUCACCAUGUUGGUCAGAACAGUCUGAACUGAUGCGCACAGUUGGGCGGAUGGACGGAUCAAGUGCAGAAUGAGACUGCAAAUCAUAAUCAGCAUUUUUUUUUUGAUGGAGCAGGACAUUUUAUGGGUCUCCCAACCGGAUACUCUGCAUGAAUAAAACAGAAGAAGGCUUGGAUGAGAAGACGCACUUUUCACACGCCACUUCUCCGCACCGUUGCUGUGCGUUAAUUGGACUUUAUCUCCAAGUAACAGAGAGUUAUUUAGGCUCUUUAGUGGCUUAAAUAAAUAUAAAUAACGUUUCAUCAACCUCUUAGAGACGCUGCGUGGAUAUUAAACUGUCCACGCGCUGAUAGGCUUCACAAUUAAACAGCUGUCUGGAUGAUUUUUUUUUUAUCGUACUGAGCGGCAAAGUCGAUCUGCAACAGCUGAUGCUGCAUCCUCCAGCCCGCCGAGACAACAGAUGAAACUUCCUGAAGUUUGACUCUUAAGUUUAACAGACAGCCCGCAGAUCUACCACGAAGAGGCCAGACAUGGAAAUGACCAACAGGUCGGUGCAUUAUCCCUCCAUCCUCCGUGUGGAGUUCGGCCCGCUACAUGACUUUAUGGAUGACAACGAAACCAACUCCACGGCCGGUGACCAAAACCUGGGCUGCGUUCAGAUCCGCAUCCCUCAGGAGCUCUUCCUCGCGCUGGGACUCAUCAGCCUGGUGGAGAACAUCCUGGUGAUUCUCGCCAUCAUCAAGAACCGUAACCUGCACUCGCCCAUGUACUACUUCAUCUGCUGCCUGGCCGUGUCUGACAUGCUGGUCAGCGUCAGCAACGUGGUGGAGACCAUAUUCAUGCUCCUCAAUGACCACGGCCUCAUGGACAUGCACCCCGGCAUGCUGCGCCACCUGGACAACGUCAUCGACGUGAUGAUCUGCAGCUCCGUGGUGUCAUCUCUGUCCUUUCUGUGCACCAUAUCCGCAGAUCGCUACAUCACCAUCUUUUACGCGCUGCGCUAUCACAGCAUCAUGACCACACAGCGCGCCGUCGCCAUCAUCGUGGUGGUGUGGCUGGCCAGCAUCACCUCCAGCAUCCUCUUCAUCGUAUAUCACACCGACAAUGCCGUCAUCGUGUGCCUGGUAACGUUCUUCUGCAUCACCCUGGUGUUUAACGCCGUGCUCUACCUGCACAUGUUUCUCCUGGCACACGUGCAUUCUCGGCGCAUCAUGGCUUUCCACAAAAGCCGGCGUCAAUCCACGAGCAUGAAGGGAGCGAUCACCCUCACCAUCCUGCUCGGGGUCUUCAUUUUAUGCUGGGGCCCUUUCUUCCUCCACCUCAUCCUCAUCCUCGCCUGCCCCACCAGCCCCUUCUGCAACUGUUUCUUCCGAAACUUUAACCUUUUCCUCAUCCUCAUCAUCUGUAACUCGCUCAUCGACCCGCUCAUUUACGCGUACCGGAGCCAGGAGCUGCGUAAAACCCUGCAGGAGCUCGUUAUGUGUUCUUGGUGCUUCAGCGUGUGACAUAAUGUAAAUUCAGGGACAGAGAAAGAGCAAAUCGGGUUAUCGACAGUGUUCCCUUCUCCUGAAUGUACUUUGUGACAGCUGAGGGCUAGCCGUGACUGAGGCCAUGUCUGAAAUGGCAGAUGGUGACUGUCCCCCACACCGUCCAAGACUGUAGCUGUCUUCUCAUAAAGACUUGUGCACGUUAAAUCAUGAAUUCAGCUUCAGUUUUAUGUGAGGGUUUAUUUUUUGUUGCACUUAAAAAAAUUGUAUAUGUCAUCUGGCAAAUGAUUCUCUUAAGUUACAGAUAUUCUUUGAUUUCAAACACUGGACUAAAUUACUGUAACUGUGAGGAUUUUUUUUUUUUUUUUUUUUUUUUUUGCGUCUUUUGCUGUUUUUUGGUCUCUUUUUGUGUAUAUAAAGUGCUGAAACAUGUGACCUGUCUCAUUUUUACCAAACUUUAAUGCAUCAGGAAAAAUGAAAAGUUACUUCCCUUUGAAAUCACCUUUAAGUUAGGAUAUUAUGUGGAUCUGAUUUAUUUAUGAUUCAGCAGCAAAGAACUUUGACAUUUUAGGCUUUUGAUGAGUCAUUAAAAAAAAAACCCUAACUGUCAUGACUGUCAUGCCCUGCAGCUGGGACUUAUUCUGCUUCUGGCAUUAUCUUAACACUAUUCUUGCCCUUUCAUUCUAAAAGGAACAGAUGGUGAUGCACACUAUGUCAUUGAAGUUGAAAUCAAUGUUGCUAGAGCACCAUAUAUAUAGUAUAGAUGUCACCGUGCUGAUUUGUUCAAGCUUGGCUCAAAAGGAGCAAACGCAUGAAAUUUUAGAAGAGUAAUACUUUACAAAUGAGCAAACUUACAAAAUAGUCUUUGGUUGCAGUGUUUGGUGGGGCCGCAUUUGAAUUACUCUUCCAAAAAUAAAGGUAAAGGAUGGGACAAACAUCACAUGAGCAGCCUGCUCUGGGUUGGGACUCAUUUAUAAGAACGUUUUUGAAAGGAGGCAUGUCAAAGUUAAGCAUCUGGAGGCUUGUGCGGUUUUCUGAAAUGUGUAAAAUGGGAAGCUUCAAAAAGAUUUCAAGCCUCUUCAUACUUAUGUAGGUCAAACAAGUGAAGCAUUGGGCCAGAGGGUCUUUGGGGAAGUUUUGAUUAAGUAUAGCACUGAAAGAAAGAAAGGAAGAAAAGAACCUCUGUUACUGGACAUUUUUUGUCAAUGUAACCAGCACAAAUGAAAGUCCAGCAAAUUGGAAUCACCAAAAACAGCCUUUAACUUCAUUAACUUUUGCCUUCAGUACCUUAUUAACAAUUUCCAUCCAUCCAUCCAUUCUCUGUACACCGCUUUAUCCUCACUAGGGUCGCGGGGGGUGCUGGAGCCUAUCCCAGCUGAAGGCAGGGGACACCCUGGACAGGUCGCCAGGGCUAUUAACGAUUUCAGUAAAUCAAACUAUCCUAAAACAAACCAGUCCUCGCAGACCUGUUGUCGCAAAUACAACCUUCAUUUUCCACUUUUAGUAUUGUUAUUUAAUGCAGUCAUAUAUCUCUGCAUUUGAGCUGUUCGGCAUAUUCAUUUUCCCUACUUGUUGCUGUGGAGUAGCGGUUUUUAAGUUAAAAGAGGACAUUUAUUUCCAUGAUGAAGGGGGGAAAAAGGUCCCGUGAUCAAGAUGACCAUGCGAGACUAGCACGCAGGGAGAAAUCUGGAUGUUACUGUCAAUAAUGUACACUGUCAUACACUGUAGUACUUUAAAUCAUGCUUUCCAGAGUAUUUGGUGCUGAGUAAUAUAGCUAGGAUUUAUACACUCACCUCUGUUACCAGUCAGUUUAGUCCUUCAUGUUUGUCAGUGUCAUUUUUCUAUUGAUUUUGACUGAUAAUCCACUGUAUUAUUCUUUUGGUUUCUUGUGUUUUGGUAACAGCAUGAUUUAAUUGUCUGUGUUUUUCUGUCAUGGUGUGGGCCUGUUGCAAAGAACUAAGAAUGUACAGUCUGGUUGUUUGGUGAAAAUAAUCUCUAUGAAAGGUGAUGAUACUCUGUGCUUCAGUAUAUCACCCUAAAUAAACAUGGUUCAACACA